AUGCCUUCCUCAACCACAGGAACGAGAUAUUUCGCGCGACCAACCUCGAUCGACGAGACCAUCAGGAAUCCUCCACCGGAGGCCACAGGUGCUAGUAUGGGCGGAGAUCAGGUGAAGGAGGCGCUCCAGGACGCUAAGAAUGUCAAGGAGUCUUACACCAAGCAAGAGCAGGAGCCUAUCUCCUUGAAGCAGGAGAAGUCCAAGAAAGGCAUCACCUUCGCUGCGCAAGACAAACUUCCUAAGUUGCCCAUACCCGAACUCGACUCGACACUGAAGAGGUAUCUCGAGGCUCUGGCUCCUCUGCAGGGUGCCAGUGAACACAAUGAUACAAAGGCGGCAGUACGCGAUUUUCUCGACAACGAGGGCAAGGACCUGCAAGAGAGGCUCAAGAAGUACGCCACGGGACAGACCAGCUAUAUCGAGCAGUUUUGGUACGACUCGUACUUGAACUAUGACAACCCCGUGGUGUUGAACCUGAAUCCCUUCUUUCUGCUCGAAGACGACCCUACGCCCGCUCGCAACAAUCAAGUCACUCGUGCGGCGUCUCUGGUCAUCUCCGCACUCUGCUUCGUCAGAGCCGUCCGCAAGGAAGAGCUACCUCCGGACACGCUCCGGGGCACGCCAUUGGAUAUGUAUCAGUACUCACGACUUUUUGGAACGGCUCGCGUACCGACCGAUAAUGGGUGUAUUAUUGGCCAGGAUUCAGACUCCAAACACGUCGUGGUCAUGUGUCGUGGCCAGUUCUACUGGUUUGACGUGCUUGACGAGAACAACGACCUCAUCAUGACCGAAAAAGACCUUGCAGUCAAUUUGCAGGUCAUUGCUGACGAUGCAGAACAAAUCCCGAUUCACGAAGCAGCCAGAGGGGCACUCGGUGUGCUCAGUACUGAAAACAGAAAGGUCUGGUCGGGACUGAGAGACCUCUUGACCCGGGAGGAGGGCUCCAACAAUGCAGACUGCCUUAACAUUGUCGACUCGGCAUUGUUUAUAGUCUGCCUCGAUUACACUGAACCAACGGACAACUCUCAUUUGUGCGGUAACAUGCUAUGCGGCACGAGCGAAGUAAAUCGCGGUGUCCAGGUUGGGACGUGUACGAACAGGUGGUAUGACAAGUUACAAAUUAUUGUCUGCAAGAGUGGAAGCGCAGGCAUCAAUUUCGAGCAUACGGGUGUGGACGGCCAUACCGUUCUGCGGUUCGCAAGUGAUGUCUACACUGAUACUAUACUGCGAUACGCCAAGUCCAUCAAUGGCCAAGCCCCAACCAUGUGGACGAGUCAAAGUCCUGAUCCUUCGAAGCGAGACCCAGAAAGCUUCGGCGAUGUCAGUACCACUCCUCACAAGUUGGAAUGGGACAUGAUUCCGGAACUCUCAAUUGCACUCCGUUUCGCAGAGACGAGGCUUGCUGACCUCAUCCACCAAAAUGAGUUUCAAACUUUGGAUUUCACCGGCUAUGGUAAGAACUUCAUCACCUCGAUGGGAUUCUCGCCGGACGCGUUCGUCCAAAUGGCAUUUCAAGCCGCAUACUAUGGGCUUUAUGGAAAGGUCGAGAACACGUAUGAGCCGGCCAUGACCAAAAUGUACUUCCAUGGACGAACGGAAGCAAUUCGAUCAGUAACACCAGAAAGUAUCAACUUUGUCAAGACCUUUUGGGCCGACAACGCACCUCAAAAGAAAGUUGACGCCCUCAAAGCCGCCGCCCUGAAACACACUGCCAUAACCAAAGAAUCGAGUAAGGCACAAGGCCAUGAUCGCCAUUUGUAUGCCCUUUAUUGCGUGUGGCAGCGUAAGGUGAAUGAUGAAGGUGCAGAAACGGCCAGCACGACAGGAUUCAGCUCGAACGGUUAUUCGAGCCCCACUGACUUUAGCGAUGCCGGAAGUCCGAGGAGAAUUGAGGAGUCGCCAAUCAGCCAGAACCGUUCACGCGCUGGGACAGACGCAAGUGCAAGUCGCUCUCCUGCACCUCCUCUGCAUCAGACACCCGCUCUGUUCAGCGACUCCGGAUGGGAGAAAAUUAACAACACAAUUCUUAGCACGUCCAACUGCGGGAACCCGUCGUUACGCCACUUUGGCUUUGGGCCAGUCUCUGGGGAUGGGUUUGGCAUUGGGUAUAUCAUCAAGGAUGAUUGCAUUUCGGUCUGCGCAAGCAGCAAGCAUCGUCAGACAAAACGGUUCGUCGACAGCCUUGAAUCUUAUCUCAAUGAGAUCCGCCGGCUACUCAAAGCAGUCAGACCCAAGGAUUUGGCUGCCGCCAAGAUCACUCGGGCUAGAGAGGUCGAAGACAAGAACAAGGAUGGCAGACUCAAAUCACGGGGCCGAGCCAUCAAGGCCGAAGCUGCAAAGGUCGACGGAGCUACGACGCCUGCAAGUAUGGAGACAGCCGAGGUCGAAGAUGACGGAUUGGGUGGUUAUGGCUUUUUCGAUGCCGGCAUGUUGCUACAAGCAUUGAAGAAAGAUCCGGCAAAGCCCGCGGAGCAAAUUGCACAAAAGAGGAGGACGGUAGGAAAGAAACUCGCUUUGACGGAAUAUUGA